UUUUCUCCCAAUUUCAGUCCCAUCCAAAUCCAAUCCGACUCAGCUCAUUCUGACGUCCUUAUCUCAUUCCCAACCUUUUUCAAUUCCAAACCUCAGAACAAAACAAAACACCACAAAACAAAGAAGGGAACAUGGAGACGGCACUCUCUGGCCACGCAACUCAAUCAUCUACCUCCUCUGUUAUCUUUCAACCUCAGGUCCCUAACUCCAACAGUUUCUCACCGAAAAAAUCCAACCCAAAAGAAAAAAAAUCGGAUUUUUUUAGAAAAUGCAGAGAUUCUUUGCUCUUAGACGCUCAGCUUCGCUGCUGCAGAACCGAAAGGGGUUGAGGGCUUGUUUCUCUACUUCACUUCUCUUUGAUGAUACCCAGAAACAGUUUAAAGAAAGUGUUCGUCAAUUUGCCCAAGAAAAUAUUGCCCCUUAUGCGGCGAAGAUUGAUGCAGCUAAUCAAGUUCCAAAGGAUGUUAAUUUGUGGAAACUCAUGGGAGAUUUUAGUCUCCAUGGCAUCACUGCACCAGAGGAAUAUGGAGGCCUUGGUCUCGGUUACUUGUAUCACUGUAUAGCAAUGGAAGAAAUAAGUCGUGCUUCUGGAUCUGUUGGCCUUUCAUAUGGUGCUCAUUCAAACCUUUGCAUUAAUCAAUUGGUGCGGAAUGCGAGUGCUGCACAAAAGCAGAAAUACCUACCAAAGCUGAUCAGUGGGGAACAUGUGGGGGCAUUGGCAAUGAGUGAACCCAACGCUGGUUCUGAUGUUGUUAGUAUGAAAUGCAAAGCUGAGAAAGUUGAUGGUGGAUAUGUCAUUAAUGGAAACAAGAUGUGGUGUACAAAUGGGCCGAUUGCUGAAACACUGGUAAUUUAUGCAAAAACAGACAUUACUGCUGGAUCAAAAGGAAUAACAGCAUUUAUAAUUGAGAAAGGGAUGCCAGGUUUCUCUACUGCCCAGAAGUUGGACAAACUUGGAAUGCGAGGAAGUGAUACAUGUGAGCUUGUUUUUGAGAAUUGUUUCGUACCUGAUGAAAACAUACUAGGACAAGAGGGAAAAGGAGUUUAUGUCAUGAUGUCUGGAUUGGAUUUGGAAAGGCUUGUUUUGGCUGCUGGUCCUAUUGGUCUUAUGCAAGCCUGCCUUGAUGCUGUCCUACCUUAUGUUCGGCAGCGUGAACAGUUUGGUAGUCCUAUUGGAGAAUUUCAAUUUAUACAGGGGAAAUUGGCUGAUAUGUAUACUUCUUUACAGUCAUCAAGAGCUUUCGUGUAUUCUGUUGCUAGAGAUUGUGAUAACGGGGAAGUUGAUCGAAAGGACUGUGCCGGAGUUAUUCUUUUUGCUUCUGAAAAGGCCACCCAAGUUGCGCUUCAGGCUAUCCAAUGUCUUGGUGGUAAUGGAUAUGUUAAUGAAUACCCCACUGGUCGACUUCUUAGAGACGCAAAACUUUAUGAAAUUGGCGCUGGAACAAGUGAGAUUAGAAGAUUGAUCAUCGGUCGCGAGCUUUUCAAGGAGACUGAUGCCUAACAUUGAAAACGCAAUGAUCUAAGCAGCAAUUGACAUAAAUGAUUUACAAGGAUUUCAUACUUGUAAGAUAUGAACAAGUUAUGAUGUAAAUAAUGGCCAUGUGUAUCAUCACCACAGUUCAUUGGUAAAUAAAUUAAUAAGUUUUCAUGUCAACAUUUU